AUGUCGACACCAAGUUUUCUCUCUUCCUUUCCAACGACACCAGUUGCACGAUUGACUGGUCACAACGGGCCUGUCCAUGCAGUCACAUUCUCUGCCGGUUCAGGCAAAUAUAUCCUCACCGGCAGUCAAGAUCGCAACGUGCGGCUAUUCAAUCCUUCGACGACCCAUUUGAUACAGACAUAUAAAGCGCACGGCUAUGAAGUACUCGACAUUGCUGUGGCACAAGACAACCGUAGCUUUGUCUCGGUCGGAGGUGACAAGACGGUGUUCUUCUGGGAUGUCGAGACAGCUCAAGCUACCAGGCGCUUCAUGGGACAUUCUGCACGAGUGAACACAUGUACAUUCGGCGGACAAGAUGACAGUGUGAUAGUCACGGGCAGCUUCGACGGUACGUGCAAGGUCUGGGAUGUCAAGGCGAGAUCGGACUCUCGCCCGAUUAUGUCCUUUGGCGAUGCUCGCGAUGCCGUCUCGGAUGUGAAAGUCAUUGGGCACGAGAUUUUCGCAUCAAGCAUUGAUGGACGUGUCCGGGUAUAUGACUUGAGUACAGGCUAUGUGGAUACAGACGUAGUCGCGCCAGGAAGAGGGAUUACAAGCAUUGCUCCGACCCAAGCUGGAGACGGCUAUCUCACUAGCUGUCUGGACUCGAAGCUGCGAUUCAUGGAUCGGCCCAGUGGACGCUGCCUGAAGACUCUCGAGGAUAGCGCAUUCACCAACACCGUCUACCGAGUCCGCGCUACCAUGGCCUUUGGAGACGCCGUCGCCAUUUGUGGGAGUGAGAAUGGGCAGAUAUUUGCCUGGGAUGUGCUCACCGGGCAAGUUUUACAUCGGCUGCACCACAAGGAGGGAAAAGCCCCCAGAGACAACACGGCAACGUCAAAGCAAGACGUUGUGAGUGCAGUGACCUGGAAUCAGCUGAGGAAGCAGUGGGCCAGUGCUGGUGGAGAUGGCAGUGUUGUUGUAUGGGGAAUAAAGGAAUGA